UUUGAAAGAAGCCAACCCUCCUCUGAAUUAUCCCUAUCUCUCUCACUGACCUUACCUCUUUGUCCUUCUGUCUCCUACUGUUAAAUUUCGUUAUCUGGUUUUGCUUUCUUUUUUGCAAAUAGAACCUGUCUUUUGCUUUGGAUCCCAUCCCAUCCUCUCCACUUCUCCUCUUCUCCCCCUCCUUUCCUUCUCUUCUUAAAUACCCACCACCCCCCACGCUCACCUCCAUCAACAAAGAAAGAAACUAAAAAAAGACCUCACAUUUUAUACCCUUUGAAGCUCAGGUCAAUCUCCCAGUUCAUUCUUACACCUCUACAGCUCCAGCGUAAUGGAAGAUUACUGUAAGAGGAGUCGUGUUCCGGCGUUUGGGAGCUGGGAUUGGAACGAUGACAUGCCAUUCACGCAGUGCUUUGAGACAGCAAGGCAGGCCGGGUUGCUGCGUUACAGCUACUCUGAGGAGCGUGAUUUGUACGUGGCUGGGGAUUUGUAUGAGAACGAUGUCGUCACACCCGCCAUGAUCGUCGUUCCCCGUAGAAGGAACAAAGCCCUUGACUCUUAUCACAAGGAAGCGAAAAAAGAAAGUUGGGUGGGUUGCGUGGAGGAUCCACCUAGUCCAUCUCCAAUGCAAAGGGCAACACCGAAGCCAGUGGAUGAGGACUUGUACAAAAUCUCACCUGAGCUCCUUUAUGCAAAACGUAAAAAGAAGAGAGGGUUGAGUUUCUUUUCAAGCUGCUUGCUGCCAGCAUGUGCUGCUUGAAGAUAUCAGAAAGGCUAUAAGGAGUUAAGGACUAUGUACAUAUAUGAGACCAAAAAAAAAAGAAAAACCAAGAAAAAAUUCGUAGAAGCAAAUACUCAUAUGGUGUCUAUGUAUUUGAGGUUGUUUUGAUGGAUAUCUGAGGAGAUUGUUGUUCCGAAGAUCAUUGUUGACUUUAUGACUAUAUAUAGGGAAGAGUUCUUGAAUUCUUGCCAAAUUAUGGGUUUUUAAUUUUUAAUUUGGUUUAGCCAUGUUUUUGGAGGGUUUUAAUUUUGAAACUUUUGUCGUGGAGCGUGUGAGGUGGAUAAGGAUGUAGGCACUUGUCCGAACAAUUUUAGCCGGAAGAUCAGUACUCUCAUCUCAAACAGCUUUUGUAUUGAAUGAAAUGACUUUUUUAUCCAAA